GGGCCGUAGGGGUCCCGCGGGCCCGCACCCCGCUGUCCGGCUGCGGGCCGCGAGGCUGGGGGCGCCGUCCCCACGAGGUCUGGGCCGGGCGGGCGGCGGAGGCGGCGGCGGCAGCUGUGCGCCGCGGGGGAGGUGCGCGGCGGCGGCCGGCGAGCGGCGCUGAGCGGAGCAGCGCGGCGUCCGCCCCCGCCGAGCCGAGCGGAGCCGAGCCGAGCCGGCGUGCCCGGGCUGGGAGCGGGGAGCGCGCGCCGAGCGCAGGGCCGGAGGCCGCCCGAGGGUCGUGCCCGCGCCGCGCCGGCGUCCAGGUCUCCGGCGGCAGACCCGGCGGAGGGAGGCCCGGCGACCACCUGCUGCGGCGCGCCACCGGCCCCAGCGGCUGCGCGCGGGGGUCGAGCGCGCGCCCCGGCCGAGCAGCCCCGGGCUCGCCGCACCCCGCGGACAGUGCCCUGCCCUGCUCGCCUCGCGGUGCCCGGCCGCGCUCCUGUGCCAGUGAGCUGGACAUGAUUUCCACGAGGGUCAUGGACAUCAAGCUUCGGGAGUCUGCAGAAGGCCUGGGGGAGGACAGUACAGGAAAGAAAAAAUCUAAAUUCAAGACUUUUAAGAAGUUCUUUGGGAAGAAGAAGAGAAAGGAAUCGCCUUCAUCCACGGGAAAUAGCACCUGGAAGCAGAAUCCGGCCAAGAGCGAGGUCAUUGCCAUCGAGUCGGGGCCAGUGGGGUACGACUCCGAGGAUGAACUCGAGGAGUCCAGGGGCACGCUGGGCAGCCGGGCCCUCUCACACGACAGUAUUUUCAUUCCUGAGUCUGGACAGGACCCUGCUCGGCCCGUGCGGGUAUUUUCCCAAGAAAAUGUGUGCGACCGGAUUAAAGCCCUCCAGUUAAAAAUUCAAUGUCAUGUAAAAAUGGGGCCUCCGCCCCCUCCAGGAGGGCUUCCUGCCAAGAGGGCAGAGGAUACCGGCAUGAGCUCUGAGGACGACGGUCUGCCCCGGAGCCCCCCUGAGAUGUCCCUGCUGCACGACGUGGGUCCCGGCAUGACCAUAAAGGUCUCUUUAGUGUCCUCAUCCCGACCACAGUCUCCAGAGCACACGAACGAUGCUACCAACUCCUCCCGGACCUCGGAGAGCAGCCUGGCGCCUGUGGCUGAUUUCAGCUGCCCUCCAGAAUUCUCCUCCUGCCUGGACAACUCUGCAGCUAAGCACAAGCUCCUGGUCAAGCCCCGCAACCAGCGCUCCAGUAAAAUGAGGCGGCUGUCUUCGCGGGCACAGUCUGAAUCCCUGAGCGAUCUCAUAGGCACCCCAGAAGAGGAAGAAUAUGAUGAGAAGCCUUUGCCUCGAGGCAGCACAGAGGAGAACCCCAGCGCUGGGCAACAUAAUCGGAUGCUGGACAGAAACCCUGAGCCUGGGGGACUGGUCACCUUGCUGCCAGUUGGGGGACCCCGUGCCAGACGUGCCCGCCUGCAGCACAGCCCAGCUCUCAGUGCCAGUGUUGAGGAUGGGCUCUCCCCUGGGGAUGACACCUCAAGCCCUCCAGUGAUCCUGGAAGUCACGGAGCCUGUGGCAGUCUCUGCCUCUUGCUCGGAGUCCCCAUCUCUGCCAGAAAGCUCCCUGCACCCUAGUCCCGACGACGAAAUCCAGCAGAGUGAAAUCCGGAAGGACAGUGAAAUGCAGAAGAACAAAAUCCAGGAGGAGAGUGAAAUCCAGAAGGACAGUGGAAUCCAGAAGGAGAGCGAAAUCCAGAAAGAGAGCGAAAUCCAGAAGGAGAGCGAAAUCCAGAAGGAGAGCGAAAUCCAGAAAGAGAGUGAAAUCCAAGAGAGCAAAAUCCAGAAGGAGGGUGUGAUCCAGGAGAGCGAAAUCCAGAAGGAGAGCGAAAUCCAGGAGAGCAAAAUCCAGAAGGAGAGCGAAAUUCAGGAGAGCAAAAUCCAGAAGGUUGGUGAAAUCCAGAAGGACAGUGAAAUCCAGAAGGAGAAUGAAAUCCAGGAGAAUGAAAUCCAGAAGGAGAAUGAAAUCCGGAAAACCAGUGAAAUCCAGUUCAGCGAAAUCCAGAAGGAGCCCUCCAUGGCAGGCGGAUGUCCCCCAGUCGCGGACACAACAGAGGAGGAGGAGGUGUGUGCCUCUGGAGAUGUGGGACGUCCACUAUCAACCUGCGUCUCUGAGGGGGAUGUGGCGCCUCCCGAGACGGUCACCACCACCACCACCUUGGAGACACCGUCGGAUCCAGACGGUCCAGACCAAAGUGUCCAAAAGGAAGCGGGGCCUGCGCUGGCAGUGCCAGAGCCCGAGCGGGCAGGGGGAGAGCCCUCCGCCCCAGCCCCGAGCCCGCCGAUGCCCAAGAGCUGCCUGAAGCACAAGGCGAUGAGCGUGGGCCCCGGCUCGUCCCCGGCACAGGACGCAGCGGAGUCACCCCCGAGGGAGCGCAGCCCGGGUGCGCCGAACAGAGAGGCCCCGCGCCCAGCGCGCGCCAAGGCCGAGCGGGCGGAGCCCUCCCAGGGGGCACCCGAGAGGGCAGCGCCGGGGCGGAAAAGCGGCCGAGGUGGCGGGGAGCCGCGCAGUGUCAAGAAGUUCUCCGUGUCCUCGAGCAGGGCGCGUGCGCGCCCCGGCGCCUCCCGCGCACUGGAACCGGCUGGGGCCCCGGGCGCCCGCCUGCCGCUCCUGAGGAGCAGCGGCCUGGCCUGGAAGAGCGAGGCGGCGCUCGACGACCUCCAGGCGCCCCCGGAGCCCGCCAUCGCGAAACCAGACCCUCCGAAGCCAGCAGAGCGCGACCCUCAGGACUCAGGGGACAAGGUGGGCGGCCAGGCCGGGCCAAGCAGGAACCCCCAGGAUGCCACGACCACUCCAAGCCGGGAGAAGCCCGGCCCCACCGCGCAGGAGCCACCCCCCAGCGAGGACAGAAACCCCUUCCCCGUCAAGCUGCGGUCCACCUCCCUCUCUUUGAAGUACAGAGAGGGCCCUUCCCAGGAAGCAAAGGGAAUCAAGAGGUACAGCGCCGAGAUGCGGCUGGAGAGAGGACUGACCCUGCCCGCCAAGGACGAGCAGGGUCACGGUGGGUCAGCGCCCGCCCUUCGCGGGGCCAGGUCUCCCACUGGCCAAGGAAAGGGGAAGGCUCGGCCACCUGAGCAGCUGGGCUUCAAGCCACCCCUACCUAGGAAGCCACUUCUGCAGAGCCUCACCCUCCCGUACCCGCCUGUGGCCCCGGAGGCCAGUCCUGGAGAGCCAGAGAAAGUCACCCCACCUGUGGACCCCAGGAAGGAGAGUAGGAUGGCAGAGAAGAGGUCGCACAGGGGAGCAGAAAAGAGUCUGCCAGCAGGUCCCGACGGGCAGCCCACGCCACCCUGGAUCACCAUGGCCCGGCAGAAGCGGAGAGGGGCCCCAGACCAGCCCCCCAACCAGGAAGACAAGCCUGGGGUGCAGAUCCUGAAAUCAGAAACAGGAAAGCAGGCCAGAGCACCUGACCGAGCCCAGGAGCCCAUGAAGCAAGCUGACUUUGUCCGCAGCAAGUCCUUCCUGAUGACCCCUGCUAAGCCCACUGUGACCCAGAGGCAGGGGUCGAAGCUCAGUCUUAAGGAGGGUCUGCAAAGAGGAAUCUCGCUGUCCCACCAGAACUUAGCGGCUCAGUCUGCCGUGAUGACGGAGAAGGAGUUGCAUCAGCUGAAGAGAGCCAGUUAUGCCAGUGCAGAUCAGCCCUCCUGGAUGGAACUUGCCAGAAAGAAAUCGCAAGCUUGGAGCGACAUGCCCCAAAUCAUAAAAUAGAUCAGUAGCCUGCCGAUGACGAACAUCCACUACCUUGACGGGCCACUUAGCUUAAAACUGCCGAUAAAUUGUGGCCAGCAGACUGUGAAACUUAAGACUGAUUUUAUCAGCAAGGUGUGACCAUCUUGGGGAAGUGGAAGAAGCCAGGCAAAACAAAGUGGACACACACACACACACAGCCAUACUCCGGGGCCAGAGGGGCCCCCAACAAGAACAGCAUUGAAGAAGUCCAGGAACCAGUUCCUGCGCCCAGAGCUAUGAAUGUGAGCCUUGUAGAACUCCCUUAGUAAAGAGGCCUCACACGCAGCAGAAGUCAGAAAUGAAGUGUGGGCACCUUAACGGACGCCCUGCAAGCCCAGGGCAGAAGCCAUCCCGGAGCUGGUGUCUCCGCUCCCACUGAGAUCAGCCAUGUCUCUGGCCACGGUCUCGCCCGGGGACCCUGUCUUCUCCUUUUGUGUUCACCACCAGGCAUGACAUUUAUGGUAAAACAGGGACGCGAUUUCCAAGAGCAGCUAUGAAACAGUCUGAUUUUGUGAAGACAGCCCCUCUGAGAAGGAGAGAAAGGGACACAGCAGAGGUCACCAAUUCACAGACUGUUUCCAAAAAGUGAAUUUUUAAAUUUUUCCACGAGGCAUCUGUGUCCUUAACCAUUGCACAACUCAUUGCCUGUUUAAUAAAAGGUUUCAAACAUG